CCCUCUUUCCCUUGUCACUGUGUGUUUCAGGAGGUGGAGGGGGGAUCCCGUUUUUCUUUCAUCUUUUUCUCACCGAUAAUAAAUGGUAUGUUUGGGAAACACAGGACGGACUUUCACGUUUUUGACGCUUCUCUUACAACGCUGGAGACUUUGAACUCACCACCAAAGCCCUGGCAACAAAACCGAAGAAGAGGAGCUAAGGGCGGAUUGGACUGAGAGGAACGGGAGACUGACUGGGAGGUUGAACAUCCGCCGCUUUCUUCGAGAAAACCGCUUUUAUUCAUCGAUUUAAAACCCAAGACUCCAUAUUACUCCCACUGGCUCUUUCCCCCAGCUUUUAACCUCUUCUUUUGCCUCAAUGGUCGGGUUUUCGUCUGUUUCUUGCCAUGAGACGAUGCAGCUGGAAGUAAAGCCACCAGGAUUGUUUCAUUUAUGAUCCAGUCCUUGCCCACCAACAUGGUACGAUAACAUCGGGGAAAGUAAGCAGAUCCGUGGGGGGUUGUUUUCCCUUCCUUCAGAUGAGGCUGGGUUGGUACCAUCACCAGCUAACAGACAUGAGGUUGAUGUAGCUUACCACUUUGUUUUUGAACGCAUCAGUUUAAGCUGGAUCACUGUGUUGGUGAUCUGUGCUGCCUUCAAGUACUGUGACAAUGAUGAUUGUAUGAGAAGUGAAGCUGUUUUUUUUCCUGAUACAGAGCCUGGUGUGACUAGGCUAACCAGGGGUGGUAUUUUUUGUUAACCCCCUGUGAAUAAAAACCCAUCUUUUUCUUUUAUCGUUGGACGACAAGGCGAACUCAGGGACAAAAAUGUCUUUACGCACGGCACUGCCUGGGAACGAGCGGAACCCAGACCAUCAUACCUCCCUGUCAGCAAGCCGCUCAGAGAAGGGUACUGGCUGGUCGAGCCGUUCGCUUGGUGCCCGAUGUCGUAACUCCAUUGCCUUGUGUUCAGAUGAGCAGCCACACAUCGGAAACUACAGGCUGCUCAAAACCAUCGGCAAGGGCAACUUCGCCAAAGUCAAACUGGCACGGCACAUACUGACCGGCAGAGAGGUUGCAAUUAAAAUCAUCGACAAAACCCAACUGAACCCAACCAGCCUACAGAAGCUGUUUCGAGAGGUACGCAUCAUGAAAACUCUCAACCAUCCCAACAUAGUACAACUGUUUGAGGUGAUUGAGACUGAGAAAACUCUUUACCUGAUUAUGGAGUAUGCCAGUGGAGGUGAAGUAUUCGACUACCUCGUGGCUCACGGCAGAAUGAAGGAGAAAGAGGCCAGAGCCAAGUUCAGACAGAUUGUCUCAGCCGUGCACUACUGUCAUCAGAAGAACAUUGUUCACAGAGACUUGAAGGCGGAGAAUUUGCUCCUGGAUGCAGACUCCAACAUCAAAAUCGCCGAUUUUGGCUUCAGUAAUGAGUUUUCUGCAGGCAGUAAACUAGACACAUUCUGCGGCUCUCCACCGUACGCAGCCCCAGAGCUGUUCCAGGGGAAAAAGUAUGACGGUCCGGAGGUGGACAUCUGGAGCCUGGGUGUCAUCCUGUACACGCUGGUCAGCGGCUCCUUACCCUUCGAUGGACAGAACUUAAAGGAGCUGCGGGAGCGUGUUUUAAGGGGGAAGUAUCGUGUACCCUUCUACAUGUCAACAGACUGUGAGGGAAUCCUGAGACGUUUCCUGGUCCUCAACCCAACCAAGCGCUGUUCGCUGGAGCAAAUAAUGAAAGAUAAGUGGAUGAAUGUCGGCUAUGACGGCGAGGAGCUGAAGCCCCACACAGAGCCAGAGGAGGACUUCAACGAUACCGGCCGCAUAGAUGUCAUGGUUGGGAUGGGCUUCACAAGAGAAGAGGUCCGCGACUCACUGGUCAGUCACAAGUAUAAUGAGGUCACUGCCACCUACCUGCUGCUUGGACGCAAAAAUGAGACGGAAAGCAGUGAGUCUCGGACAGGCAGCACUCUGAGUUUAGCUCGAGUCCGACCCGGAAGCCUGACCAACGGGACUAGUAAGCACACCCCUUCUUCAUCUGGUGCCCCCUCUUCGACCUCUGGCCACAAGACACAGCGCAGUGCCUCCACUUACCACCGCCAGAGACGACACUCCGACUUCUGUGGUCCAGCAGUCCCAGGGUCCACACAUCCAAAGCGGAGUCCCAGUGGUACAGGAGAAGGGGCGGGGCUUAAAGAGGAGCGGCUGUCAAUACGGAAACCCAGCACAAAUGCUGUAGGCUCACGUAGCAUCCCAACACCCUCCAGUCCCAUGGUCAGCUCUGCUCACAACCCAAAUAAAGCGGAGAUACCCGACCGACGCAAGGAAGCCAACUCAACCACGAAUAAUAUUCCUGCUAGUGCCAUGACCCGGAGAAACACGUACGUAUGUACGGACCGAUCCAACACUGACAGACACUCGCUGCUGCAAAACGGCAAAGAAAACAGCUCCUUAUCUCACCGCCUUCCCCCUGCCUCGCCCUCGACCCACAGCAUUGGUGGUGCCUCUGGUGUGUCCUCCUCAUCCUCCACGCCCUCCUCCCGUCUCUCCAGGGGUACCACGGUGAGGAGCACUUUCCACGGAGGGCAGAUCAGAGACCGCCGGCCUCCCUCCCAUGCUCCCCCAGCUUCUCCAACUCUGUCCCACGAUUCCAGCCCACUGCCCCAUGCCAGGACUCGGGCCACAACCAACCUUCUUAGCAAACUCACCUCCAAGCUGACCCGCAGGGUCACAGACGAACCUGAGAGAAUCAGCAGAUCUCCGGUCACAAGUCGCCAUCUAUCUGGGCAUCAGAAAGCGGCCGAGCCCCGGACCCCCCGAUGCGGCUGGGAUGUAAGGGUACGAAGCCCCCGCGACCCGGCCGAGGUGGUGCUGGCGCUGCGUGAGGCAGCUCAGGGCUGUGGGUGUCAGGUCCACCUGGCCGGGCCCUUCCUCCUGUCCUGCACCCACGGAGCAGCCGGCGCUCGCGUGGCCUUCGAGGCUGAGGUCUGCCAGCUGCCCAGCGGGCUGGGCCAGAGCAGCGGUGUGAGGUUUAAGCGCCUGUGGGGGGCACCGUUAGCCUUUAGAGACAUUGCCGCCAAAGUGUCCAAGGAGCUAGAGCUCUGAGGGCGACAGGAGGCGGGGCAGACUGAUGAUGGGCGGGACCAGUUGAUGACUGAGGAGGAGGAGGAAGAGGAACAAGGAGGCAGAAACCGUUGACUCCUCCUCUUCCUUCAUGGGCUCCCCCUCAUCUGUUGUGGCUAGCGAUGCCUCGCCUCCGCCAAAGACGCUCUUCUUCUGAUGCCACCAAUCACAGCCAGACAAACGGAUGCACAGACACGCAUAGACGGACAUCAGCAGACUCAUGACUUGUGACCUACAUCUCCUGCUUAGAACUUCCAUAUUGUGUGAGCCCACAGAGUCACAGUUUUUUUAUAAUUUCAUGUUUGAUGAUGAGGAUGAGGAUGGUGUUGAUGAGAGUGAUGAGGAGUGAUGAUUUGUUCUUGUUGUUGACAUUGUAAUUCCUAUUUGAUCUUAAUUGUCAUCAUUCCUUUUUAAAGAGCUGCUAUUUAAAGAUAUGUUUAAUUUUUUGUGUUAAAGUUUAUUUUCUUUCUUUAAAUGCUUUUUAAAUGGGCAGAAGUUUGACACCUGUUGUCAUUCUUGGAAGCCAGUGUUGCAUAUUUAUGAUGUCAAGGUGCAGUGUGACCCCAGGCCUCCAGAGGGAGACAUGCAGUAAUGCAGAGACUUGUGACAGACCGAAAGGAGCGUCAUGGCCUUUCUGCCCAUCCUUUGAUAUCGCCAACUUUACUGCUUAGUCAGGUAUUUGGUGUUUGUUCCAUGUUGUUUCUUUGCCGGCUGCCCUCUUUACAAACAAACAAGCAAGCUGCCUGUAAUACAAGAGCCAGCUUAUACACUUCACCCGGUUUUCUUUCCUGCUACCUUCAAGAAGAAGAAAGCCUGAGAAAACACAUACAAUUACACACUCCUGAGUUAAAAGUUAAGAGCAGGCUUUAUUCCCACCAAUUCUGCACAAGCAAAAAAAGGAGAAAUGUUACAUUAGAAACCCGAACACCAUCUUCCAGCAGGUUUAAUUCUAAAAAUCGUAUUAAUCUGUUUCUGUCAGCCAAUCAGAAUGCCUUAUUCUGAGCCAAAGCAGCAAAACACAAGAAGAAUAAUCUAAAAAAUGGUGGAACUUUACUCUUAACUUUGCAGGGAAAUAUUGCUGGAUAUAGUGCGAGUAGUUAAAACUACAAACAAAUACACGUUAGCUCACCUGGGACCAGACACGGACAAUGACUGCAGAACAGCUCUAGUGGAUUAGUUUUUUUAAUGCCCACUCCAGUGAUUUUGAGGAUGAUAGAGGGUGUGUGUUGUUUAAAACACACUGAUUUAUUUUCAUCUGGGGUUCCUUUAAUCAAAACAGUAACAAAAGAUGGCAUCAAAAGUAUUGGGGAAACAUGGGAGUGAUUCCCUGCUACUCAACCCACUCUCUGACUAAAAUUAAAGGGGACAUAUUAGCAAAAAUCACUUUUUCAGGCUUUUCUAACAAAAAUAUGUGCCCCUGGCCUGUCCACAUCCCCUUCAAAUACCAGAAAAAUCCAUUCCCUUCCACCCUCUCUUUCUCCACCUUUCAGAAAACGUGUGCUGAAACAAGCCGUUCUCAGAUUUUGCUCCCAUGUGGGGAGUUAGCACCCGCCCUCAGGUCUGGUUUGCCCUUCCUGCUUGGAAGAAAGUGGGUUACCCUGCUAGCCCACCCUCCUAGCUUUUGUCUAGGAGAUUGAUGGUCCAAAUCCCAAUCGGUUCCUUAACUUUGGAUAAAGGUGUCUGUGACAUCAGGAGUGCCACAUCCAUUUCCUGAGAGGGAUGGGUCAGGGGCGGAGUCAGACAGCUUAUUAAUAUUUAAAGUGACAGACACAGAAGGGCUCAAUCAGAAGGUUUUUAGACAUACAAAAAUUCUGCACUAAAGUGUUUAUUCAGCAACAAACGUCACAGGCAUGUUUUGGGGACCUCUGAGAUCAAUAUAGACUUGUGUUAAAAGGGUGGAAUAUGUCCCCUUUAAGAACGAGCUGAGGCGACAGAAUACUUAGAAAAUAAAUUCAUCACAAGUAGGGACAGAACAGUGGUUUUCAGUAGCAGUUCCUGCUUCCUUAUGUAGCAGUCUUUGACAUGUCUCAUGGAGGACAACACACAUCCUGUAUGACAAAAUAAACUAGGAUUUCUCCAGCUUUGAGUAUGGUUUGACAUAUUUAAAGAUAAUGCAAGUGUUCAAGAUUUUAAAAAAUGUGUAAAUGUGAAUAAAAAACUAAAAUACUGUAAUGUAAAAAUCCCUUUCAACCCGUAUUCAAUCUUUUUCAACUUUCUUGGAAUGUGUUGCUGGCAUUAAAUUCAGAAUGUGUGCAUAUUUCCAUAAAAAAGUUUCAGUCUGAGCACUAAAUAUCUUGUCUUUGUGCUGUAUUAAAUUGAACAUAGGUUGAAAAGGAUUUGCAAAUUAUUUUUCAUUCAUAUUUACACACUGACCCAACUUUUUUGGAAUCAUGGCUUCAAUAUAGAGCAGUUGUAUUCUGUUUGAUUUCUGAUCAAACUGGCCCUGAUCCCCCAGCUGGUCCUUGCCUUAACUUUUCAUGCAAACCACAAACCUAUUCCAACAUGAGGGUAAAGAUUUCAAUUUAUUUCAUCAUUAAACAUAAAAAAAAAAAAAUCACUGUUAAGUCCAAACAGAUUAUGUUCAUAACAGUGACCCCAAGUAAUUUCACCUUUCAGAUACAUGUUUGCACAUAUGACUACAGUAGUCUGCACUGUUGCUUAGGAGCAUGUUUAGUGACAGUUUACUCUGGUAGCACUCUGACAUCGCAGUAUAAUACAGUGCAAUACAGCCGCAAAACCAAGACUUGAAUUAGCAUUCAUUUAAACUUAACAGGGCUCUUUCUUUGGUUUAUUUUCUGUUAUAAAGUCAUUGAGCACUUUUCUGCUUUUUGCCAGGUUGGCCUUGUUCUGGUUCAGUUUCUUUUGUGAUUUUCUUUUUUCUGACAUAUUUUAAGCCAACUCAAGUGAAUACCAGAUAUUCCUUAUGCCUUUACUCACAUUAACCACCAAUAACGGCUUCUUGGAAUCAUUCACUUUCCACUGCAAUCCUACUUGAAGUUUCAUAUUUCUCUAAAAGAGAUCAAAAAUGUAACAUGUCUUCAUCACGUUUCACCAGAUCAGCAGUUCUCUGUUGGUCCAAUAAUACAUUUAAUCUGUGUUCUUGAGCUUAGUAAUGCCUCUAACUCUUAGAAACUGUAGACUUUCUCCUGGCUGUAACUAUCCGGCUGCAGCAUUGCUGAGAUGUGGGACUGUUGACAAGCAGUUUCCAUGGUUACUGUAAAAGUUCAAUGACUGUUAACUCAUUGGACUCCUGUCUCAUCACUCUACUGUUUCAUUUCAAAGCAUGUCAUGUCUGGGGUGAUGGUAGGAUGCAAGAAUGUGACUGAGAUGUUAGAUUUCAGAUUUUCUUUUAAUGCUAGUCCACCAUGGCUGCAGUGACACUGAACAUUCUCAAAUCAAAGGUUGUUCUACUUGUAAUGUAACUCUGUAAAGCCAAGAAAAUAUAACAUGUACUCUGAGGUGUGCAGCAUUUAUGAAAACACAGAUAUGCAAGAGGAAAUGCUAGAUGGUUCAAUGAUUCAGUGAUUAGCAGAGGUGGGCACAGUUAAUCCAAAUUUAAACUUUGGCAACUGUUAAUCUGAUAACAAAGACGUUAUUUUCAAUGACAAUUAGCCCAUAAAUUAUCUUCAAAACUAAAUCAAAGGUAACAUUGACAUUAACAACCAGCUGAGUUUGAUAGUCUUCCCCCAGGCUGUCAGGGCAAUUUUAGGGGUCCGGAGCCCAGUCCAAUCACACUUGACUCCAAGCUCUGAUUCAUAGGUGUAAAAGUGAUUCUAAAGUAGUUGUCAACCUAGUCAACAAAAUGAUCUGUAUUGUUUUAUUUUACAGAUCAUCGAUAAAAUUAAUGAAUCAAAAGUGCACCCUGUUUGGUUCUGUUACCUCAUAUUUUUAUCUCAACAGUCUCCUCAACAUUCCACUCACAACAAUAUCUGAUUGGCUAGACAUAGUAUGAAUAAUAGCCCUUCAUAUUUAGUUAUCAGUAAUGAAGUAAGUAAGUUGUCUAUUUUUUGAAUGAAAGGUUUACACCCCCCCAUGUGUUGUAAAUCUGACACUAUUGGCCUCUUUUUGCUGUAUAUGCUUGUCAGUUCCAAAGAUCAGUUAUGGGUCCCAUAAACUAGGCAUCUGCCCUGAAAAAUCGUAUUGCAUCCUCUGGGCACCAGGGUAGAUGUGGGAGUAGGAAGAGGGUCAUUGUUGGCAUUUCAUUGUAAUAAAAACAUCCAUAGUAGCCUGUAGGAUGGACUCAAAUCUCUGCCCAAAGCAUGAGCAAGAGUCAGCAUGAGUGGCUGUCAUGGCCACCUCUUCUUCUUUCCCUUUCUUGGUGGAUUUGUAAACCAAAUACAUGCAUAACUGUCUCUUCUCUAUCAUAGAUUUUUACACAGCUUCUGUGUGUGAGCAUUAGUCAUGCUAACCUUGCAAAGCAGAUGGAUAUGCUCGUUUCCUUGUUUCUCACUAGCAGAUCCAUCUUGCAAAGCUCCUGUCUGAACCGUUUGGGCCUGGUUAGAAAGUGACAGGACCAAUCAGCGUUGAGGAGCAGUACCUUCGGGCAUGGCAGAAUCGUGACGUAAGCAAGCAGCGACAAGAGGCUGGUGCAGCUAUGGCAGAAGAGAUUAGCGUGGAUGCUGCUUAAGCGCCAGUUUUAUCAUAACUUGACAACAUUUCUAUGUUAAAAGAAGAUUUUGCUCAAUGUGAGUGGCUACGUCAAGUGUGAUGUUGCUCUGAUCAGCCCAGAAAAGAUCCUCUGAUAAUUCUACAAAUAAUAGAAACCUUUUUGAUAUUUUACCAGUCUUUGCUCUGGCCUGGCAGAGCUUGGGAAGUACCAAUCUUCAUGUACUUUAAGCAGCAUUUCACAAUAAAAUGACCCAGGGCAUUUUUGCUCAAUAUUCAGUAAGUUUUCUUAAGUACUGAAAGCUUAGAAAAUAAUGUAAACAGAAACAGAAUUGAACAUAAGUUAAAGGUUUAACCCCCUUUUUUUAAAUGAACCACCAUGUUAAUUAAACACUAAAGACUGAUUAACAGAUGUGUGCCCAGCUCUGGUGAUUAUAUAACUGUACGACAGUAAGGAAUUCACUGGUUAAUGAGCAGAUAUGGAGCCAAUGUCUGAAAAUGUGAAGAUGUGAUUUAGGGCUAAUUCUUGCAAUUUUGUUUUUGUGACCAACAGGCCUCACUCUCUGACCCUGUUCUGUAGAUACAGUUAGAGCCACGCUUUAAGGCUACAGUUCUGUUGUAAAGUGUAUUUGAAGAAGUUGCUGUUAUCAACAAAUGUUACCUUAUGGGCUGAAAAUGAUCGACCUGCAAUCCUGCAUGUCUCCUAGGAAACAAUGUGUGACACAAAAAUAAAGACUUCAACCUCUUUGAUAUUUCAUGUCUUUUUUUUUUUCUUUGUUGCAGAAGAUCCGAGUGUGUUUUCCAAGAGAAAGAAAACAGCAGAGAGAAGGUUUGAUUGUUAUAUGGGGCAUAGUUUAAUUGUCCAUUUAUAUUACAACCAAAAAAAAUUAUUUUGGUGCACACACAUAGCCAUGACCAGACUAUGCAUGGGUUGAUCCCAAGAUGUUACAGAGAUGAUGGGAAGAGAGAUGGUUAAAGUGACAGGAAAUUAGAAAGAGGGAAUAAAGUCAAAGCAGGAAGAAAAAGAUGGUUAACAGAAGUAGCAGAGAGAAAAGUGGAGUGUCUUCUCAUUGGAAGGAAGUAAGGAGGGAGUAGCCAGUUGGCCGAAGCCAGUAAAAUAACUUUACAACAAGGCUACCCGUUCAUUUUU